AUGGCAGGCAACAGCGUUACCUUGAGCAGUCUGUGGAUAUCGUUCUAUUUCAUCCUGAACCUCUUCGUCACCCUCACGAGCAAGCACGUCCAGUCUCACAUGCAAAGUGCCUGGUUGCUCGCCGCGUCUCACGCAGUCUUCACGUUCAUCGUCACAAGCUUACUCUCGUGGUGUGGAGUAUACACGUCCGACUCGAGCGGGUUCGGAAGGGGAGAGGGUAUUGGCAUUGGAAGAGAAAAGCAAGAUGAUAAGGACGACAACCACCCCGACCCGCCUGAAUCUAGACGCAAGCUAUACGCGCACCUCCUCAACAAUCUCCAUAUCCUCGGUCCUUUCUCCCUCCUCUACACCAUCAACAUCGUCGUGUCGAACUGGACUCUGGGUCUAGUGAGUCUGACUAUGCACCAGACAAUUCGUGCCAUUGUCCCCGCCCUGACCGUCAUCUUGUCCAUCACAGCUCUCGGAAGAUGCUGGAGAGAAUAUUCAUCAGGAGUCUAUGGGGCCAUCACGUUGACAAUCUGCGGUGUCAUCCUGGCGGUCAAUGCGGCACCCGUGACGAGCAACAACACCUCGUCCGGCACAAAUGCGUGUGGCUUCGCAUGGACCGUGUUUGGGGCAACUCUGGCUGUCGCCAAAACGAUCGCGUCGAACCACCUGCAACAACCUUCGCGCCGGAACAGUUGGGGGCUGGGUCUCUCAUCCUCGGUGCUCGUGCGAUAUUGUUCUUUAUGUUCGAUGAUCAUCACAAUAGUCAUGGGAAGCUGGACCGGUGAAACGAGAGCGCUGGUGUCAACAAAGGGAUCGAUUUUAUCUGGGAACAGGAACCAACCCCGAGAGCUAUGGCUAUGGUUCUGGCUAUUGAACGCGCUAGCAACAUCAUUUCUGAACAUCGCGUCCUUUGAAGCGAACAAGCGAUGUGGGCCGCUAAGCAUGGGCGUGGCGAGUAACCUGAAGCAGGUCGUCAUUUUACUCUUCGACUUGUCUCCUGCCACAAUGCAACCUCAGAGUGACGGGAGUGGUGGAGGCGCAGGGCCGGGCGGCGGAGUCAUACUUGGGUCUCUUAUGACCAUGGUCGGCGGGAUAUGCUAUGCUUUUGCGAAGGCGGAAAUGGACAGGAGGCGGACGCGGAGACAACAUCUCACGGAGAAUGGAGGCUGA